UUAGCUGCUGGUGAGCUCACACGGCCGUCUCAGAGCGGAACUAACAAAGUUUCUUGUAUUGUGUUGAGGUGCAGAGGAAUAUAUCAGUGUGCGGACAUCAUGGAGCGCAAGCUGGACUUGUCCAGGCUGACGGACGAAGAGGCCAAACACGUCUGGGACGUCAUCCAGCGAGACUUCAACCUGCGCAAGAAGGAAGAGGAGAGGCUGGGUGAGUUGAAGACCAAGAUAGAGAAAGAAGACUCGAAGCGGGAGCUGUUUGGUUCUCAGAGCAACCUGACCGAUUCUCACUGCAUCCGCUGCCUGCAGCCCUUCAAGUUCCUGGUCAACAGCAAGCGCCAGUGUCUGGACUGCCAGAGCUACGUCUGCAAGUCCUGCAGCCGCUACAACAAGAAGGAGCACGGAUGGGUGUGCGACAACUGCCGGAUGACCAGGGUGCUGAAAAUUGGCACGGUGGGUUGGUACCACGAUAACGUACGCAACCGCUUCAAACGCUUCGGCAGCGCCAAGGUCAUGAGGUCGCUUUACAAGAGGCUAAACGGAGAUGCGGGCCGUGAUGAUGAUACUCAGAGUAUGCCCGAUGUCCACAGUAUGUACAACGACCUCGAGGAUGACCCCGCGGAGAGCGAGGCUCAGCGGUACAAAGCGAUGCGCAAGAACAAACGUCUGCUCUCGGUGCAUCCCAUGGAUUUUGACCCGGAGGAAUAUUUCCCUCACUCCCGGAGACAGUCCUUCCAGCAAAUCCAGGAGGAGCGAGGAGGCUACAGGAACGACAUGGAGUACCAGAACGACAUGUAUAACCACCAGAUGAACCGCAGGAAGAGCCUGGACCGCUACGGCGUGAGGCCUGAUGAUUACGGUGGUGAGCACAGGAUGGUUCGAGCUCGUUCCCUGUCCAGGAUCAGCUCCUCGGUGGCCCGCCAGCAGUAUGUGGACACCUCGGAUGAGGAGGAGUACCAGCGGUACCCCAACAUGUACCAGCAGCCUCCCUACCGACGACGCAACAGCCGGGCCUCCUCCCAGGAGAACCUGAUCCAAGCCCCGCCGAUGAAUGAGCUGAGCAAGCGCAUGUCGGCCAUCGAGAGCCUUCUGAACCGACUGGAGGAGAAGAUGACCGUGCCAGACGAUGAGGAUGCUGAUCCAGCUGCUGGCCAAAAUGAGGAGGAGGAGAAACUGAGGAGGAAGCUGAGCGAGCUGGCAGGAAAUCUCAGCGACAAGGGCCUGUCUUCAGAUGAGGAGACCGGGAGGAAGCCCUUCUCCCUGGCCAAGGGGUCCUCAGCCAAGAGCAGCCAGUCGGCGGCACCCCUGAAAGACCCCGAACUUAGUUCCUCCAGUGAUGAGAUGCCCACCGACGCCCAGAAGAGAUCUACCGCGGCCGGCCUCUGCGACCUCACCACUGAGGUCCUGAGAACCAUUAAUGCCACAGAAAAUGCCAUGAUCGAGUAUGGCCACUCAGAGCCAGUUGACAGGUCCCACUUAGUAGGAACUGACGUAAAGCAAGCAGAUGAUGCUUACAGAGAGCUUGAGGAAAAUGUGUACGUGACCUCUGGGAAGUCUUUUGAUCUGGAGAAGAAGCUGAGGCAACUGGAGCAGAACGCCAAGAACCGCUUCGGAGGGACCACCGACUCCGAGCUGUCCGAGCUGGAGGACGUGGUGGCUUUGACCGCAGCCCGGGUCCAAAGCACCGAGAGCGAGGUUUCCGACAUAGAGAGCAAGAUUGCUGCCCUUAGCGCUCUGGAAAAGACCAAGAAAAAGGUCUCUGGUUCACAGCAAAGAAAAAGGACCAGCCAAGAUUUUCCAGCAAGUAAAGCCUAAAGACCUUGCCACGAUCCAGUAUGUCACAUCCAAAACCAGUAAUGUUCCGGAUCUCAGUGGGAAUCCAGUAACAUCUAUUGAUCUGCGUCAGAGAGCCUGGCCAACCAGAUCAUCUCAUGAAGAGCAGAGUUGCAAAGAUUCAGAAUGCCUUGGUAUUUGGGUCAAGUUUGAAUCAAUACAUCAGGAAAAGAAAAAAAAUUCAAAACCUGCACUGUUACCUGCCUUUUCAAAUCUUCGCCUGUAGCUGAGGUCAUCCUGAAAUAUAAUGGAGCAAAAGAUGAGUAUGAAGAAUUGCAUCUCACAUUUCCCUGACAGGCAUGGUUGUAGUUGUCAAAAUAACAUGAAGACAGUGAACUGAGUGUUUGUUUUGACCAUUCCCCCUAUUCAGGCAGGUUUCUUAAACAUUUCUCUAAUCCUCUGAAAAAAAUGUAAGCUACAUCACAUUGCAUUUUUUUUAAAUCCAGCUGCUACACAUAGAAACGGGUUGCAUUUCAAGGACGGGACAGUCAGAAUGGAAUCUAGGUUAAAAUAUCAACUUUUCAUCACAUGUUUGACCGUGUUCCCUCCCUCUUACCAUUCUCAUGGCCUGUAUGUGCUGUGGCAGUUAACUAGCUUCUACAAAAUGGCUCUUUGUUUCAUAAUACCCACAGGUUCAGUGAAGUUAAAGUGAAGCUUAUUGAUAUGUUGGAAAUAUUGGCCAGUGGGUUCUUUUUUGGAGCUACAGUAGGAGCCAUUGUAAAAACUCCCUGUCAUGUGAUGAGCCUGCCUCCAUCCUGACUUAGCAUGGCUAACACGUCGAUUUUAAAGACUGAAAACGAGAACAAAAUGCUUCAAUUUGCUUACUUGCAGAUUGGUCCUUGUAACUUCUAUUGACCACAAAAAGACCAAAACUUGAUUUGGAACAACUGCUCCUGUAAAAAGGACAAAAGUUCGGCGGUAAUUUCAGCGAGCAUAUAGUGCAAAGUAGGACUUAAUUGUCUACAUUUGGAUCUGAUGCAUCAUAGUCAAUUUGCGAUAAUAACAAUAUGUUAUUAUUUUAAACAUUGUCUUUUCAGAUAUUAAAUGAUCAUUACUUUGGUUAUGGAUAAUGAUUCUAUAUAAUCCUUUCUUCUUAAAUGUCUAUUCCUGAAUUUCAAGCA